UGAAUAAUAAUUAAGAAAAGAGAAAGGAAGGCCGCAAAAAAGCAUUCAUUUUGCCCAUUUCUUCUAUUCAAUGGGUGGUUUGCCUUUGCAAUACGAAAGAAGAAGAAGCGUCCCCCAGAUUUUCACAUUAAAACACUCGCCAUCGCCAUCCCCAUAACCCAUCCAUCCCCAUCGAUCAUCUGUGUUACCCUCAAUUCAAACUGACCCCUCCACAGACACACACUUUCUUCGCGACCCCCUUCUUCACCAACUAAUCCCAAACAAAUUAACACCCUUCCGCAACUCUCUCUCUCUCGGAAGAUCCAUCAGAUAACAAACAAACAUACCCAUUUUGAUUUUGACUUGCGGAGGAAGCUUUUACCUGCCUAUCAAAUGCAGCCGCCCAGUCCUGUGAUCUCUCUUUCUCCAAGCUUCACUACCCAUUCUUCCGCUAAACUUGCUGAGAUCGCUGCUAGAGUUGUCGACGAGUUCCGUCAACAAUCCGAUUCCGAAUAUGACGAUCUCUUCGGAUUCCACCAUCUUCAAGCCGAAUUGGAAUUCGCGUCCGAACAGAGACCUCCUACGCAGCAGUCACGGCAGAGCGACGACGACGACGACGAUGACGGUUUUGAGUUUCCUUCGGUGAGUAGGGAGUCCACGGGGACGAUACCGGCAGACGAGAUCUUCUGCAACGGUCAGAUCAGGCCUGUUUUCCCCCUUUUCGACAGGGAAUUGUUGUUUUCUACCGGUGUUCAUCAGUAUGACAACGUCGGUACUGUUCAACGGAAUAGUCCGUCUAAGUCUCCGAAUAAUCCGCCGACGCCGUCGUCGUCGGUUAGGCUUUCGCUGAGGAAGCUGAUGAGCGAGGACCGCGAUCCUCCGUCCUGUUCGUCUUCCGAGGCAGACGAGCUCGACGGACUGCCGGCCAAAACGUACUGCGUCUGGUCGCCGAAGAGCGGCGCGGCUGAGUCGUCGCCUGGGAGACCUAAGAAGAGCCGGUCCACGGGAACGUCCAAGCGGUGGAAAUUUCGCGACCUUCUGCACCGCAGCAACAGUGAAGGCAAGGACCCGUUCGUCUUUCUCGCCCCUUCCAACGCCAACACGAAGAAGGACGACUACAAGGCCCGGGAGGAAGCAGAAACCGCGGCGGCAGGGAAGAGCGCCGGAGAAGCGAAGCCACAGUUGUUAACCGGCGAAAGUCAUCAUGAAAAGGCGGGGGCGGGGGGGAAGGGCAGAAAUAGUCGGCAGACGUCCCUGCCGUACAGGCAAGACUUGGUUGGGAUGUUUGCUAACGUGAACGGGAUGAGCAGAAAUCUCCACCCAUUUCAGUGACGGUGACGGUGAGCUUAUUAUUAAUUAAAAUUUUCCAGAUUAUUAUUAUUAAGCCUAUUACUAUUAGCGUGUCUCUAAUUUUCAAAUAAAAUAAAAAUCGGAGAUUGGUGGAUUUAAUUAAGAGGUAGAGCCGCAGAGGUGUAGAGGUAGACAUAGAAAUGUAUUUGUGUGGGAUUUGCUUUAAUCAUUAUUAAUUAAUUAUUGUUUUAUUAUUAUUAUUAUUAUGUGCAGUGCAAAUGCUUAUAUAUAUAUAUAUAUAUCUUUGGAUAAUUUUGAAUUUUGAAAUUAACAUGCAAUGAGAUGAAUUAUUAUCUUAAACAUGGUGGGUAUUGGGUGGUGGCUAACUGUGAUCCAUAGUUCUUCUUUAGUUUAGCUGGAAAUUAAAUAAUUGGUAAUAAACAUGGGAAAAUGUGUAAAGCAAAAGCCCCUUGGCUCCCCUCUCUGCUGCCUGCUUUAGGACUUCUUUGGUUGGUUGGUUGGUACAACAUUCCAGUAAAGUGGAUUUGGAAGACGCCAUCAGAUAAGUAAGUACUACUAAAAAUAGUUUUAAAAUUAUAUAUAUAUAUUAUUACCCCUUACGCCAGGACCCAGCAGCAAUAGUUUAGCUGUUACGUGCUGUGCUGGUCUAAGUACACACCCAAUUUUUAGGCUUUUUAUUUUCUUUUGUUGAUUGUUUGUUUAAUAUCUAAAAUACUUGUGAAAAUAAAUAAUUAUUGGGUAAUUGUCUUUAUUGACGGUAAUUGAUUAGCCACCUUCCAUUAUGGCCAAGCCGAGCUCUGUGUGUGUGUAGUUAAAUAGCAUUUUGUACUUGGGAGGGGGGAACAAGUAGUCUCAUUAUUUAGACUACUCUUUGACACUGAAUAACAACACACACACACACACAUAGCCUGACAUUAUUUAGUACAACAGGGUUGCUUGCGCUUUACAUUAUCACAUUUUUCUUUCUUAAACACACGUUACAAGUACAACUCACAAUCCCAAUGAUACUUAUUGAUGUAACCCUAAAUUAUUUUUAAACUUUAACCCCCGCCCCCUAACUUUUAAUACCAAUAAACAAACUAACUAUUUUCAGUGACUGCAAUGCAAUUAUUGAGAUUUGUUAUUAUUGAUCUAGCAAAGAUUACUUGUGAUUCCCAUCUCCCAAGUUUCCCAAAUGGGUUGUUGGGGGGGGGGGGUGUUGGUUUGUUUGCAGUCUGCUGUCCUCAGUUUUUUAUUUGAUUAAUAGUUUGAUGGGAUGGAAGAACUUUCCCAUCAAACUUAACUUGUGCAUCUGAUAAUCACUAACUGCAAAACUUAACUGGGCCACAAGUCUGUACUGUUACUACUAUAGAUAGAUCCAGAUAGAUCAUCAUAUCAACCACCACCUCCGUUCUUUCUUUCUUUCUUUCUUGCACAGCAUGGCAUGCCCAUAUAGUGGGCCUUACGUUACUACACUUUACGUUUGCUUGCCGCUGCAGUGAUUGAUUCUCCUGGAUGAAUGAAUUCUUCUUAUUUCUAUCUGUAACAUUGUGAAUAAUGUUACCUCAUCUGCUCUCAUUUUUCUUUUAUCUUUAGCUUGGCUUAUUACUAUGCAUAAAUUACAUCUCUUAUUUCUUUUUACUCACCAUUUACCAACGCACAUACCCCAAUAUAUAUAUAGCCUCCAUGGGUACCAAACCAUUUAGAUUGGUGGGAUUCAGAUACAUGGCAGCAACCCACAUUUCAGAGGCUUGCAAUUGCAAGGAAAAAGCUGGGACAAGCGCCACACCUCACCUGGCUUCUUCCUUUUCUUUCCCAUCCCAUUAAUACUUUCACCUUUCUUCCAAUUGAUGAACACUUAAGAUUUCUGUCUCUCUAUAUACUCAAUUCUAUGCAACGUUGUAAGAUAAGUGACAACAAUCCUUUCCCAAAAGGAUUGGACCCCACUAAGAAUGAAUAUUUUCACAAUUAAUUCUUUUUUAGAUAACUUUUAUUCCACUCACAAUUUAGUAAAAUAUUAACUAAAGUUGAUAAAAUUUAAAUUAAAGGCAUUGACACCCCCCCCCCCCCCCCCCCCCCAAAAAAAAAAAAAAGAA